AUGGGGCAUUACACCUUCGUUCGCGUCCAAGCCGCCGUUCCCAGCUCGGCCUCGCGCCACUGUGCCUGUUUUUCGGCGAAACUCGCACUGGCGAGCUCAUUCCGCACCGGUGGUCCCAGCUCAAGCGUCGUCGGCCCACAUGUUGCUCAAUCCCACCAUCAACACGCCAUCUCUGACGGCCCUCCUUCACGACGACGACUGCAACACCGACCACCUUGCAGCUCCUACUACGGGAAAGCAAACAGUGACGGGCGACAGGUUGCAAUUCAUCUCGCCAUGGCCGAUGCCGCAUUGCCUUCAUCUGCUGAUUUAUCCGUCCCGAAGCUGAACCCGGCAUUGGACGAGCGCGAAGAGGAUGAAUAUCAGAGAGGCAAUGCUCCCCUCAAGUACAUCUCGCUCUGCGAUGUCUACUCCGCCACCUCUCCUUGCGUCGCCUCGAGGGGAUCCAAAAAGGUGAAGGCUGCUGCUCGCAAACCGCCCCAGAUGAACGGCCACGACCAGUUCAAACAGCCGCACCCGAUCGCCGUGAACCCUACACUGACUCAUGUUUACUACAGGCGGCGGACAAGAAAAGAGAGAGAACCCUCUUUCUUCGAGGCUUUUGUCCACAAGCUGGAAGAACUGGAGGCUGAUGCCGGAGAACAUCUGGAAAGACGGAUUAAGCGGAGGAAGAAGGGAAGUGAUGAAGGGUUGGGUGAUAAUAGAUUAGACAACAUUGCUCAGAACGAUGUUAGCAAAAGUAACAUCUCCUUGAGUGAUAGCACGGAGAAAAAUAUCUCUAGCAUUGUUCGCAAAAAUAAGAACACUGUUAGCAAAAUCAGUCAUUGCGAGAACAGGAAACGGAAAAUGGAUGUUUCGGAAUCUGAUUUGCAAAAUUCUGUGGCGCCUGGGACGAAGAACUGGGUUUGGUUGAACUUUGAGGGUGUUGAUCCAGAGAAAUUUAUUGGGCUACACUGCAAGGUAUAUUGGCCACUGGAUGCAAGUUGGUAUUCUGGCCAUAUAGUUGGUUACAAUCCCAAGACUGGCCGACACCAUGUGAAGUACGAGGAUGAAGAGGAAGAAAAUCUGAUUUUAUCAAACGAAAGAAUAAAAUUUCACGUCUCUUUUGAAGACACACAGAGACUAAAGCUGAAAUCCCAUAACAAGAAGCCAGAUUCUGAUGGGAUUGAUGUGAAUGAGAUGAUGGCGUUAGCAGCUAGCCUGGAUGACUGCCAGGAGAUUGAAACUGGGGACGUUAUAUGGGCUAAACUUACUGGGCAUGCUGUAUGGCCAGCAAUUGUGUUGGAUGAAUCUCAGGUCGGUCAACGCAAGGGUUUAAAGAAACUUUCUAGUGAAAAAUCGGUCCUUGUACAAUUCUUUGGUACCCACGAUUUUGCUAGGGUGAUGCGGAAACAAGUUAUUUCUUUCCUGAAGGGCCUCGUUUCAUCUUGUCAUUCAAAGUGCAAGAAGCCAACAUUUGUUCGAGGAUUAGAAGAAGCAAAGAUGUUUCUUACUGAGCAUAGGCUCCCGAAAAGAAUGCUACAGCUGCGAGAUGGCGUUGAUACUGAUAUGGGUGAUGGUAAAAGUAAAGAUGCUGAAGAUGAUGAGGGUUCAGGUGAUGACAAAUGCAUGAGCCAUGAAGAAAUAAGCAAGAAACUUCUUGAUCUAAAAAGGUGCCCCUUGGAAGAGGGAGAUUUGCAUAUAAUAAGCCUUGGAAAAUUUGUCAAGGACACCUGUAAUUUCCAAGAUGAGAAAUUAAAAUGGCCUGAGGGAUAUACUGCUGUGAGGAUGUUUCCGUCGAUAACAGAUCCAAGCGUUAAUGCUUUAUAUAAGAUGGAAGUACUAAGAGAUGUUGACUUAAGGUUAAGGCCUCUCUUUAGAGUUACGGCAGAUAAUGGAGAAGAGUUCAGUGGCCCGACUCCAUCUACUUGCUGGAACAACAUAUACAAAAGGAUCAGGACAGCACAAAUCAGAAAUGGGGACUAUAAAGCAGAUCAGAGUUUUGCGUCUGGCUCUUUUAUGUUUGGUUUUUCUCAUUCAAAAGUUUCCAAACUCAUAAAGGAAAUGUCACGUUCCAGGUCAUCAUUGAAAUCUUUGCAGUUGGAAUCCAGGAAAUCCAAACAUGAUGGUUACAGAGAAGUUCAUGUUGCAUGGAGGGACCUUGAUAAGUGCAAUGUUUGCCAUAUGGAUGAAGAGUACGAGAAUAAUCUGUUUCUUCAGUGUGAUAAAUGCAGGAUGAUGGUUCAUGCUAGAUGUUAUGGAGAACUUGAGCCUACUGGUGGCAUUCUUUGGUUAUGCAAUUUAUGUCGUCCUGGAGCUCCUGAAUCUCCUCCUCCAUGCUGCCUGUGUCCUAUAGUAGGAGGUGCUAUGAAGCCCACCACUGAUGGACGCUGGGCUCAUCUUGCUUGUGCUAUAUGGAUUCCAGAAACCUGUUUAUUUGAUGUGAAGAAGAUGGAGCCUAUUGAUGGGCUUUCUAGAAUCAACAAGGAUCGGUGGAAGCUAUUAUGUAGCAUCUGUGGUGUUCCUCAUGGAGCUUGUAUCCAGUGCUCAAACAAUAAUUGCCGCGUGGCAUACCAUCCUCUCUGUGCUCGUGUUGCUGGUUUUUGUCUUGAGCCCGAGGAUAAGGAUAGACUGCAUUUGAUUCCUUUUGAUGAGGAUGAGGAGGAUCAGUGCAUUCAACUACUCUCUUUCUGCAAGAAGCAUAGGCCCUCAUCUAAUGAACGUUUGCCUUUUGAUGAACAAUUUGGACAAAAAACCAGUGAAAAAGUAGAAUUUAUCCCACCGAUAAAUCCCUCUGGCUGUGCUCGUACUGAGCCUCUUAUAUUUUCCAAAAGGCGGGGAAGAUAUGAUCCUGAGGUCCCUUCUGCUUCUUUCAAGCGCUUGUAUGUGGAGAACCAGCUGUACUUGAUUGGUGGGUGCAGUCCUCGUAUGCCAUUAUGGAACGCAACGUCCUCCGAUAAAUUCGGUGGUUCUAAGUACUCUACUCACCUUCAGAAGCUACAAAUUUUGCAACUCGAACCAUCUGGAAAGAUUCUUUCUCUGGCCGACAAGUACAACUAUAUGAGAGAUACUUUCCGAAAGAGACUGGCAAUUGGAAAGUCUGGAAUACAUGGUUUUGGUGUCUUCACCAAAGUUCCACAUCGAGCGGGAGACAUGGUAAUUGAAUAUAUUGGAGAAAUCAUUCGGGCUCCAGUAGCUGACAGGAGAGAGCAUUUGAUAUACAAUUCAUUAGUGGGAGCGGGAACAUAUAUGUUUCGAAUUGAUGAUGAACGUGUUAUAGACGCGACCCGGGCUGGAAGCAUAGCACAUUUGAUAAACCAUUCAUGUGAACCAAAUUGCUAUUCAAGAGUGAUUCUUGUCAAUGGUGACGAUCACAUAAUUAUUUUUGCUAAACGAGAUAUUAAACAGUGGGAAGAGCUGACUUAUGACUACAGGUUCUUGUCAACUGAUGAACGGCUAGUUUGCAGCUGUGGAUCUUCUAGAUGUCGAGGUAUUGUGAAUGACAUUGAAGCAGAAGAACGAGUGUCAAAGCUAUAUGUAUCACCCAGUGAAUUGCAAGACUGGCAAGGAGAAUAA